AUGGCCAUCCACCGACGCAACGACCUCAUCUUCUGGAGCGAUGGGAGGGCUGUCAAGAGUGCAAGUGCCUUGGAUGGAUCGAAUGAAAAGGUGGUGGUCGGAGCCCUCGUGCGAGCUGUGUGGGUGGGCACCAACUUCGGCCAGACACGAGCUGAUCUGAUGGAGCUCACAGUGAAAGGAACGCGAUGCGUUAGUAUCGUUUCCUGGUCAUCCGAGCGCGUCGAAUGCCUCGUCGGGCUCCCGCUACGCUACUCGCAACAGCAGACUCCGUUCGUAAGCCCAGAAGACUGCAGCAUUCAGACCACCCAGGGAUCCAUGACAGGUUACAUGCCGAGCUACAACGAGAUGGUGGCUUCAGGUACCUCUGCGCCCAUCGUCGAGAGGAUUGACAUCGAUUCAAGCUACGUCCUCCCGCACGCGUUGACUAUUGACGAUCGUGUGGGUGAGGAUUGGCUCUAUUGGUCCAACUCGGUGGACGGCGCCAUCUACCGCAGCAGUUUGCGGUCCACUGCCAUUGAAGUACUUCAGCGCGGGUGUUGGAGCGUGCGGGGGCUGGCGUUAAACUUCCCCCAGGACGCGUCGACGGACAAAUUGUCGCUCUUCUUCUCGCUUGAGUCCAAGGGCACCAUCUCCAAGCUUAAACUGCCUCCUUCAAACACGUCGGUCGUCUCCGCACCGCCUGCUCGAGUGGUUUUAAGAGGCCUGAGGUCUCCGCGUGGUUUGGUCGUCGACUCUACCAUGCAAAUGCUCUUCUUCACCGAAAAGACUGGCCGGAUUUACCUGGUUGAGCUGGACAAGACGAUGACAGCGCGUCAAAAGGCCAGUGUUCUACCCGACGAUGCGUCAAUUGAUGCGCUAGGGGUAAAUGUCCGCCGGGUCGUGACGCAACCAUCAAUGACGAGGCUCGACGGCAUUGCAGUCGACACCAAAUACUUGUACUGGUGUGAGACGAACACGAACGUCGUCGCGCGCGCUUCGCGUCGAGAUUUUCAGCGCCAGGUUUUGGUCGGUGGCACUGCGAACUCGCUCCUCAGCUGGCCCCGCAGCAUCGUUCUCGGCUCGGACGACGGCGACGUCAACGAGCAGACACAGAGCAACUACUACUCAGAGUAUACGGGUCGGAUCUCCAGAGGCGCUUCGCAGUCGGUCGUUGUCAAUGCACUGAGCGCACCAUCAAUGCACUAUCUCGACAACCUAGUGCAGCAAUCCACUCUCCAAGGUGGAGACAACCACAUCUACUUCUACGCGCUGGAGUAG